AGGGGAGAAUAGGGGCCAGUUAAUGUCUAGCAACAGUCUCUGCCCCUCUCGCUGUCAUCCCACCUGAGCCCCCUUCUCUUUGUCCCCAUGGUAUUAAUUCUAACCUUAGAGCUGAUAACCUGUGAGGAAGCAUAAUAUAGACCCAGGAGUCAGGUAUUUGUAAGGUACCAAAAAAGAGCUUGGAAUCCAGAAGACAUGGAUUCACUUCCUAGCUGGGAAAGCUGUGACCCCUCCCUUCUUACCAGCCAUGGGAAAUAGUGGCAGCCAACCUACUUACUGAGCUGUCAUGAAGAUAAAGUGAGUGUGCGAAAAGGAAAAUACAUGGGCAAAUUGUGACAGUUGUUAGAAAAGAAAUGGCAAAUGCAUGCAUAGUCAAGGGCACCCUCCUAAAAAAGUUAGAGAUCCUUUCUUUUCAUUACUGCUAUGUUCUAACUGGCUUCUUGUUUUCCCAUUAAAAAUGAAAAUGGGAGGCAAGUGUGAAUUGGAGGAAGGAGUUGUUGGGGCCUCAGGCCUCGGCCCACAUGGAGCUCACACCAGCUCACCUUUGCUACCCUGCAGAGAAGGCAAAAGGAGUUAAUGAUGAAAUGUCAGAAAGGCACUUGAGGGCUUUCAGAAAUACUUGUCAGCGCAGGAGCACAAGGAGGUGCAGGAGACAUGGAUUACCAUCUGUGCCCUCAAGGGGCCUUCGUGCUCAUCGUGGGCCAAAUACAGCACUGGAAAGGAGUGAGUGAAAUGUGCAGCUCGGGGUGUUGUUUCUGAGGGGAGGAGUCGUUCCCUGGGAGAGGAGUCCUCGAUGAGCCUGGCCGAGGCCCGGGAUCUGUGUGAAGUGGACUAAGGAUUUAGUAGGAUGUCAACUGAGACAGAACUUCAAGUAGCUGUGAAAACCAGCGCCAAGAAAGACUCCAGAAAGAAAGGUCAGGAUCGCAGUGAAGCCACUUUGAUAAAGAGGUUUAAAGGUGAAGGGGUCCGGUACAAGGCCAAACUGAUCGGGAUUGAUGAGGUUUCUGCAGCUCGGGGAGACAAGUUAUGCCAAGAUUCCAUGAUGAAACUCAAGGGCGUUGUUGCGGGCGCACGCUCCAAAGGAGAACACAAACAGAAAAUCUUUUUAACCAUCUCCUUUGGAGGAAUCAAAAUCUUUGAUGAGAAGACAGGGGCCCUUCAGCAUCAUCAUGCUGUUCACGAAAUUUCCUACAUUGCAAAGGACAUCACAGAUCACCGGGCCUUUGGAUACGUUUGUGGGAAGGAAGGGAAUCACAGAUUUGUGGCCAUAAAAACAGCCCAGGCGGCAGAACCUGUUAUUCUGGACUUGAGAGAUCUCUUUCAACUUAUCUAUGAACUGAAGCAAAGAGAAGAAUUGGAAAAAAAGGCACAAAAGGAUAAGCAGUGUGAACAAGCUGUGUAUCAGACAAUUUUGGAAGAGGAUGUUGAAGAUCCUGUAUACCAGUACAUUGUGUUUGAGGCUGGACACGAGCCAAUCCGUGAUCCCGAAACAGAAGAAAACAUUUAUCAGGUUCCCACCAGCCAAAAGAAGGAAGGUGUUUAUGAUGUGCCAAAAAGCCAACCUAUAAGUAAUGGCCAUUCGUUUGAAGAUUUUGAAGAACGGUUUGCUGCAGCCACCCCGAACAGAAACCUGCCUGUGGACUUUGAUGAGAUUUUUGAGGCAACAAAGGCUGUGACCCAAUUAGAACUUUUUGGAGACAUGUCCACCCCUCCUGACAUAACCUCUCCCCCCACUCCUGCAACUCCAGGUGAUGCCUUUAUCCCGUCUUCAUCUCAGACACUUCCGGCAAGUGCAGACAUGUUUAGUUCUGUACCUUUCAGCACUGCUGCUGUACCCUCAGGUUACGUGGCAAUGGGCGCCGUCCUCCCAUCCUUCUGGGGCCAGCAGCCCCUUGUCCAACAGCAGAUCGCCAUGGGUGCUCAGCCAGCAGUCGCUCAGGUGAUGUCGGGGGCUCAGCCCAUCGCAUGGGGCCAGCCGGGUCUCUUCCCUGCCACUCAGCAGCCCUGGCCAGCUGUGGCCGGGCAGUUUCCGCCAGCCGCCUUCAUGCCCACACAAACUGUUAUGCCUUUGCCAGCCGCCAUGUUCCAAGGUCCCCUCGCCCCCCUUGCAACCAUCCCAGCCACGGGUGACUCCACCAGGUCAAGUCCACAGGCUGAAAAGCCCAGGCAGAAAAUGGGGAAGGAAAUGUUUAAGGAUUUCCAGAUGGCCCAGCCUCCACCCGUGCCCUCUCGCAAACCCGACCAGCCCUCCCUCACCUGUACCUCAGAGGCCUUCUCCAGUUACUUCAGCAAAGUCGGGGUGGCACAGGAUACAGACGACUGUGACGACUUUGACAUCUCCCAGUUGAAUUUGACCCCCGUGACUUCUACCACGCCAUCCACCAAUUCACCUCCAACCCCAGCCCCUCGACAGAGCUCUCCGUCCAAAUCGUCUGCGUCCCACGCCAGUGAUCCUACCACAGAUGAUAUCUUCGAAGAAGGCUUUGAAAGUCCCAGCAAAAGUGAAGAACAAGAAGCUCCUGAUGGAUCACAGGCCUCAUCCAACAGUGAUCCAUUUGGGGAGCCCAGUGGGGAGCCCAGUGGUGAUAAUAUAAGUCCACAGGCCGGUAGCUAGAUAGCGCAGGUCUGGGAGCUGGAGCCUCUCUAUGCGCAGAUCAACAGACCUAAGAAAUAGCAUCGAUGCGGACUCGUGGUGCAUACUUCAAGACUGGCAUGGAAAUCAGCAUCAUGACAGGCUCUCUUGUAUUUGUUCACCUCACCUCAUCCCAUGAAGAAAUUCAUGAUUGCCCAAGGGAACUCGUUUGGAAGAGGGAACUAAAGAGUUUUUGGCAACCAAUGGCAGACACCUAUGGCAGCACAAAAAACAAAAAUAAAAAAACGCCACAAAAGUAAAAAAUCAUACCCAACAUUAAAUCACAAGUCAAGCAAAUGCUUACCUGACAAAUAUUCUGAGCUCUCUUAGUGUGGGUUUAAGAUGACCCAGUAUGCAAAAAUCAUAAUUCUUUUUAUUUCUCUGCCUGCUGACCACUGUAAAGACAUCAAAUCUGGAGUGACAGGCCUCAGAGAGUUACAACAGGAUUGACAGUGACUUCUCUAAGGCAAAAGCAAGAGGUCCUCUGUGACCACAGUAUUAUCCGCCAUAUGCCUUUUGAAUUCGAUGAUGUUUUUUUCAUCACUCCACGGGUUCUGGUCUGCCAUUUCUCCCCCUUUCCUUUCUUUGUCAUGUUUGAAAAUUAAUGGGUGUACCAAUUUUUGUAUUGCUUUUGACUUUUUUUUUGCAUAUGCGUGAAGAAAUCUAACUGGAGAAAGAAAGCCUCAUAGGAAAUGAAUUAACUUAAAACCACAAGACAAUUAAGUGGUUCAUUAUGAUCAAGAAUGUUGCCAAAACAACCCUUUAGCUAUUCUGCAUCCUGGUAAAGAAAGACAGCUUUGAACCUUCAUUUUGUAAGUAGGAAAGGACAUCGGAUCCCAUUGAUGAGAAAGAUGAAAAAUGCAUCUGAUUUCCUAAGAAGCUCUAAACUCUUAAGUACAAUAAAAUGAUAUUUUUUAUUUUUCCGGUAUCUUGCUGCUGUGAUACUAUGCAGACAAGUGUCUUCUCCACGUGCCAUUUUCAAAGAAAAAUCAUUUGCCAAAUAAUUCUGGUAUAAUCCCGGUAAUGUGGUUUUGGAUCUUACAAACUGACUUUCUAACAGAACAAUGGUGAUAUGAAUAUCCAGAAUAACAAACUGAUUCCGUGAUCACAGUGGUUCAUCUCUAUCUCUUUUUGUACAUCAGAAAAUUCAAAUGGGAUUUUUAUUUUAUAACUUGAAAAAGAAAAAAACCUUACCAUUAAACUCUUUAAAUAUUUAAGGGAAAUGGCUUUAAGGAGUUCUAAUGAAAAAAAAAAUGCCAGUUCUUUUUUUGUAAAUAUAAAUGUUAAUGAAAAUGCUUUUUAAUAAUGCCAUUACACUGUAGAGAAGGUAGCAGACUGAGUGCAAGAUGUGACAAACUUGAUAGAUGGGAAUUACUUCCCAGGUGUUUCUCUGGAGCAUAUGGGAGGAAGCUAGAGUUCAGGGGCAGCUGUCAAUCAGCAGCUAGUGGGCAGGAAGGGGGCAUGUAACUCCAUCAUCUAGUGUAGCCUUUCCACAAGAGUAAAACUUUCCACCCUCUGUGUAAAACAAGAAAAAGACAAUUCCCAUUUUGAAGGCCUGUCCUUCAGAUUCUGAAAUUUUCUUCUGCCUCUCCACUCCCACCUACCCACACAGAGCUCGCUGAACUGCUUGUGUGUGAAACAGAAGGGUUUAAUAAGCUUCCUUUUUUUACAUUUAUGAGGCAAAAAGCGCAGUGUUCGGUUGGUAUGUUUAGCACAUGAUUUUCAUAAAGAAUCUCUAUAUUUUUGCCCUACAGAGAACUGUUCUACAGGUCAAAUGUGUUUUCCUGAUGUUCCUAUGCAGCUACAGUAUGUUGAAUUUAGUGGUUUAACACUAAGAAGAAAACUUUAAAGAAUCAUGUGAUUAAUUGGAUUUGGGGGUAAAUAAUUAAUAUUACUUGGUUGUAAAAUUGGAGAAGUAGAAUUUACAUUGAUAUGAUUGACUUAAACCAGACCUAUGUAGUUUGAUUCUUCAUAUCAACAGAAACUAAAAUGAUUGGGAAGUAGGCAUAUUUGUUCAAAAAGAGAUAAUUGAUAAGUUAAAGUGGGUAUUACUAUUUGAAACCCAAAUUUUACAAUAUCAGGUCACUGGAAUCUAGUUUUUUUUUUUUUUUCCAGUUAGGUAAACUGACCAAAUGGCCAUUAUAGAAUAUAUGUAAAUAUCAUCCUGAUGUGGAAGGUCUGAAGAUCUGGAAAAGAGAGAGCCAUUUACCUCCCUCUGUAGCUGUCACCUGUUGGUCCACAUGAUUUUUCCAGGAAUGUGCAUACACUUUAUGAUUCAGUAAAUCUUCCACACUAAGGGGAAAAUGGGAAAGGUGUGACGACCUGAGAGUUGUCCUGAAGCCAGUUUGAUUGUAUUUUCUGGGGAUUUGAUGAGAUAGGCGGUUCUAAUGGGAAAAAUGGCUCAAAUUGCUGUGUUGUCUCUGAUUCCGAUUUUAAACAAGUGGUGCUAUCUUCUCCCUCAAUAUAGCUGUCCUGGGUUUGUCUUGCAGUAUCGCACUAUUAUACUGAUUAUUUGGGUUGCUUCUGACAUGUACAGAGUGAACUCUGGCUCAUGUUGCCAGUUCAAGUUCACCGUCUGGAAUUAAUUUCACAGCAGAAACUGACAGCCCAGUGGACUUGUCAUCAUUCAUUGGAUGUGACUGAAAAUGCAGCUGGCUCCGAACUUAAGAUGCCCAUGUGAUACAUUAAAGUGAGGGAAAUAAAGUCAAGAUUUUAAACUGCCAUCCGCAUCAGCAUUGGCAGAAUUCUAAUUUUGACAGCACUGUUGGAUGAGCUCAGAACCACCUUAUCCUAUCCCAGGAGUACAGUGAAAUUUCCAAAUAAGAGCUGAGGUGCCGAUACCAAAAGGCCAUGGGGAGUCUGUGCCAUUCCGGUUAGAUCAAAGGAAAACCCGUGUGUACAACUGUUAAUUCCUCAUCAUUCACUAGCACUAAAUUUGUCACUUUAAAUUUUGAAACCAGGGAAACGCCACCUGUCAUUCUGUCCCCAUUCCCCAUAGCUCUUCGAUCUUCACAUGCCACAAGACUUUUUUUAUAAUUCGUACCCAUCCCAGUGUCUACAGAAACCCCAUCAUGUAAUGUACCGGACACCUUCUUUUACGAAAAUGUUUACUCUGUGGGUUUGGUUCAUUUCAAUUUCUGCGUUCUGACACAUAUUUUUUUAAUAAAGAUGAGAAAGAGAAAAUGACUGUUGCAGUACAUUUCUAGACCUACUUUAACUUUACCUCAGAUGACAGUUUGUUAACAUAUAUGGACACAUUAUUUUUAACUUUAUGUACAAUACAUUCAACAGAACAGCAAAAUUUUUAGAAAUUUUCCAUUAAUUUCUGUAACACGCCAUGUAUAACUGUUACAAAUAAACAUGUUUGAGAACAACA